AUGUUUUUCGGCGAGAUGCUGUGCCUGCUGCCCUUCUUCCUGCUUGAGUGGCGCUACUCGGGCGCCAAGAGCAGGGUGCGGCGGCGCGCCGAGCUGCAGCGACUGGGCCCGGCAUUCCGCAUGCGCCGAGUGCUCGUAUUCGCCGUACCGGCGGCGUGUGAUGCGGUGGCCACCACCCUGCUCAACGUAGGACUGUUCUACACGUUGGAGGAGGUGGCGGACACGCUGGUGGUGGUGGUGGAGUUGGAGUCGGCGUCCGGCGGCUGGCGUUGUGACCUGGGCCUUAUGUUGGGUUCGGAGCCCGGAGUAGAUGCCGCCUCUGCUCCUCUGUUUGGGGAUCUGUGCGUGGUGGUGGCACAGGCCUUCACCGCACUGCAGUUCAUUUUGGAGGAGAAGUUCGUGGCGCAGUACCGGGUGCCGACUUUGCUGGCUGUGGGGCUGGAGGGAAUGUGGGGAACGGCCAUAUGUGCGGUGGUACUGCCCGUACUGGCGGUCGUACAUACGGGAACCUACCACAGACCCAUCGAUUCGGCGGUGCAGCAGGUGCUCUUACGGAGCCUCUCCUCCUGCGGGGAACCGCGUGCGGCCGCCGGUGGUGGUGGUGGUGGUGGUGUUGGCGGGGAGGUGCCGGUGGUGGUGGUGGGGCCCCGGGCCUCCGCUACUCGGCAAGUGUGGGGUCCCGGAGGGGAGAGCUCCGACAUGAGCGAGUACACCAUGGCCAGAUUGGUGCUUAGGUCCCCGCAACAAAAUGUUGCACGUAUUAUCGCACGAACUGACGAUAUGGACCCCGCGGCACACCCAACAGGCCCUGACGUGCAGCCAACGGCUGCAGAACCGCCGGCAAUCACUGCACAAGUACCGCCGGCGCAGGCCAGCGACCAGGCACCACAACCAGUGCCACCGCCGAUCGUCGCCACUGCCGCGCCGGUUGCCAACUGCGCGCCGCCGGUCGCGAGCGGGCCAGCAGCUGCCCCAGCUGGCCACGUGACGAGGAGGGAGAUCUCGUGGGCCCUAUGUCAGGCGUGGAGUUGUACGACAGUCGUGGUGGUGAUGGUGAAGAUGGCGGCGAGAGCAGUGGCGGCGGUGGUGGUGGUGGUCGGGGCGGUGGUCGGAGAGCCCGAGUGA